UGUAUCACACUCCCUCCAUCUCCUCACCCCUCCCCUCCCAGCACCCGGACAAUCUUCGUAUCCUUCACAAACCAUGCGUGUGCACUUCCUCGCCGUGCUCGCUGUCCUUGGCAGCGCAGCUGUCGCACAAAACCACGGCGGCGGCCACGGCCACGGUAAUUGCCACGGCAAUGGCCACGGCCUCGACAAGAAAAUCAGCCACAUUUUUAACCCGGGGAAGUGGAACUCUCGCCUCCCCGGACAACCAAAGACCACCUCAUCGUCGUCGGUGAACGUUACCUUGACGUCGUCGACCAAGUCGACCAAGUCGACCCCGACGUCAUCAAGCAAGUCGACCUCGACUUCGUCGAGCAAGUCGACCUCGACGCCGUCGAGCAAGUCUACCUCGACGUCGUCGAGCAAGUCUUCUUCGAGCUCGUCGUCUUCCGCGUCUUCCGCGUCUAAGAGCUCUUCGUCUUCUUCGAGCUCCAGCUCCUCGGCUUCGGCCUCUAAGAGCACGUCGGUUUCCCCGACUUCGAGCGCCGCUCCUUCGUCGUCAGUGGCCCUGGCGUCGUCGACGUCCGCCUCCUCCUCGUCGUCAGCCACUGCCUCGCCUUCUGCUGCCUCGUCGUCGUCGUCGUCGUCCUCGGUUGUUACUUCGUCCUCGACGGCUUCAUCCUCUUCUGUUGGUGCGUCUUCGUCCUCUUCUGUGUCGUCCGAUGCGGUUUCGUCGUCGUCGGCUGCUCCCUCCGACUCUGCCUCGUCCUCGUCGUCGGCUACUCCCUCCGACUCUGCUUCGUCCUCGGCGUCUGUUUCGUCGGACUCUGCUUCCUCUACCGUGACCUCGUCAUCGGCGGUUGCCUCGUCCGACGUUGCUUCGUCGUCCGCAGUUUCGUCAUCGUCGGCUUCGUCAUCCGACUCGGCGUCUUCGGCCACCCCCACCUCUGUGUCGGCGUCGGCGUCUGACUCGGUGUCUCCUUCUCCCUCUGCGUCGGCCUCCGACUCUGCCUCCGCCUCGCCGUCCGUCUCCGCAUCUGACUCGGCGUCGCCUUCGGCUUCGGUAUCACCUUCAGUGACCGACUCGGCGUCGUCGUCAGCGUCGGCGUCGGCGUCGUCUUCCGCGUCUGACUCGUCGUCGGCUUCGGCAUCGGCGUCGGCUUCAGUGACAGACUCCGCGUCGGCGUCGGCGUCAUCGUCCGCGUCGGCCUCCGACUCGGCUUCUGCCUCUGCAUCUGCCUCCGCUUCGGCUUCAGCCUCGGACUCGGCGUCGGCGUCAUCGUCUGCGUCGGCAACCGACUCUGCUGCCGUUUCUGCUUCUGCUUCUGCCUCUGCUUCAGCUUCAGCUUCGGCCUCGGCCUCGGCCUCGGACUCUGCCUCCGCCUCCGCUUCGGCUUCGGACUCUGCUUCGGCCUCUGCUUCGGCCUCUCCUUCAGCCUCCGCAUCUGCCUCUGCUUCUGCCUCUGCCUCGGACUCGGCUUCGGCUUCUGCCUCCGCCACUGCUUCCUCGUCGGCCUCGGCUUCGGACUCGGCCUCCGCUUCUGCUUCCGCGUCGGCGUCGUCAUCUGACUCUGCCUCAGCCUCCUCUUCGGCCUCGGCGUCGGCCUCGACUACGGGCUCAGCUUCCGCUUUGGACUCCGCCUCCGCCAGUGCCUCGGCUACGGCCUCGGCGUCUGCCUCUGCCUCUGUUACCGACUCGUCGUCCGCCUCCGCCACUGGCUCGGUUUCGGCUUCUGCGUCCGCGUCCGCCUCCGUCUCCGCCUCCUCCGCCGCCUCGUCCUCUGCCCCCGCCCCCAGCGCCACCGCCGCCAUUCCUGGCGCCACUGUCGACCAGAAGAUCCUGAUCCUUGCCCGUGAUGCCACUGGCAUCCAGGCCGGAACCAACGGUCUCCAGGGCUACGCCAUCCCCUACGAGGGCAUCAUCAUCCCCCAGGCCGGUGCUGCGCUCCCCGUGCUCAACGACACCCCCACCCACGGCCGCUACUCGGGUAUCAUCAUCAUGGACGCCCUCGCCUACCAAUACGCCACCGGCUGGAACUCGGCCGUCACCACCGACCAGUGGAACGCCAUUUUCAACUACCAGGUCGCUUUCAAUGUUCGCAUGGUCCGUAUCAACGAGUUCCCCGGCGUCAACUUUGGUGUCUCCCUUGCCGGCGGUGGAUGCUGCAAUGCCGGCGUCGAGCAGCCCGUCAGCCUCGUCGACACCUCCGACUACCCCUCGGCCAACAUCAAGGCGGGUGUUACUGUCUCGUCGGAGGGUCUCUGGCACUACCCUGCCGUGAUCACGGAUGCUGUUGGCACCAAGGCUGUGGCCAUGUACGGCCCCUCGUCUGACGGCACCUUCACCACCAACACGGUCGCCGCCGUCAUCAACACUGUUGGCACUCGUCAGACCUGGGUCUGGUUCACCAGCUGGGCUCCUCAGUGGUCGCCUGCCUGCGCCUUCCUCCAGCACGCCCACGUUAACUGGCUCACUCGCGGUGUGUUCGUCGGCAAGCGCAAGCUCCACCUCUCGCCCCAGAUCGACGACCUCGAGCUCGCCACCGACAUCUACUCGCCCAACGGCACUACCUUCCGUAUCCGUCCCGCCGACCUCGAUGGCCACGUUGCCUGGCAGGUUGACCUCAACUCGCGUCUCCCCGCCGGCUCGUCGUUCCGCCUCGAGCUUGGCCACAACGGUAACGGUGACAUUGACAAGGUCACCAACCCUUCGGGCGGUGCUGGUGUCUGCGUUCCCGACUACCCCAUCUACACCAACGAUGUCGCCGACACCCCGCUUGAGUGGGUUAAGCCUAUUGGAACUGGUGUCGACGCCUGGCCGGUCGAGUUCACCACAUACGGCUGGUCUAAGCAGUGCGCUCUCCUCGACCCCCUGACCGCCUGGUACCAAACCACGGCCAACCGCGACGCCUUUGCCCACGUCUCGCACACCUUUACCCACCUCGAGCUCAACAACGCCACCUACCACGACGCUGCUCGCGAGAUCCAGUUCAACCAGGCUUGGCUCGCCCAGACUGGUAUCGCCGCCGGCCGCUUCUCCCCCCACGGUCUCAUCCCCCCUGCCAUCACUGGCCUCCACAACGGUGAUGUCAUCAAGGCCUGGCUCGACAACGGCAUCACUCAUGUUGUCGGUGACAACACCCGCCCCCUCCUCCGCAACCCCAGCUCGGUCUACUGGCCUCUCAUCUCCACUGUCGCGGCCAACGGCUACGAGGGCCUCGUCAUCUCGCCCCGUUACGCCACCUUCAUCUACUACAACUGCGACACGUUUGACUGUGACGUUGCCGAGUGGCAUGCCCUCACCGGUGCCACUGGUACUUACCAGGACAUGCUCAGGAUCACCAAGACUGAGAACACCAACUACCUCUUCAACCUCCAGGCCGACCCCUACAUGUUCCACCAGGCCAACAUGCGUCUCAUUGACGCCGCUACCUACACUGUGGGCCCCAAGACUGGCCGCAUGUCCCUGGUCCAGCUCUGGGUCGAGACUGUUGCCCAGGAGCUCGCGCGUCUCACCAACUGGCCCAUCACGUCGCUCACCCACGACCAGAAUGCCCAGUACUUCCUCGACCGCAUGGCUCUUGACGGCUGCAACCCCUCUGCCACCUACACCCUCUCGGCUGAUGGCAACCAUAUUACCCAGAUCGUCGUCACUGCCAACGGAAACACCUGCAGCGUCCCUAUUCCGGUUACCAUCCCCUCCGGCUCUGCCUCGGCUUCGGGUAGUUCGAUCACCGUCGACCAGGUCGGCUCGGAGCCUCCCAUCCAGUGGGUCACGCUCAACGGCUCGCCCGUCACCCUCACGUUCAGCACCCCCAUCGCCAUCUAA